GACAGGCCCUCGAAGAGCACCGAGGACAGGCCCUCGAAGAGCACCGAGGACAGGCCCUCGAAGAGCACCGAGGACAGGCCCUCGAAGAGCACCGAGGACAGGCCCUCGAAGAGCGCCGAGGACAGGCCCUCGAAGAGCACUGAGGACAGGCCCACGAAGAGCGCCGAGGACAGGCCCUCGAAGAGCACCGAGUGCAAGUCCUCGAAGAGCACCGAGUAUAAGCCUUCAAAAAUUACUGAGUACAAGCCUUCGAAAAGCACCGAGGAAAAGUCCUCGAAGAGCAGCCGUGAUAAGUCGCGGAGGAACAGCGGAGACAAGUCCUCGAAGAGCGCCGAGGACAAGGCUGCCAGGAAGGAAGAGAAGAAGAAAAGGAAAAGCUGCUUGAAUCUAGUCACUUGUGCCACACCUCCUGGCAGUCCAAUAGUCAUCUCGUCGGACUCUGCUCACUCUACCCCGUCGGCCGUGCUGAUCGAGUCGUCGUCCGAUGCGGAGGAGACCGCCCCUGUGCUGCUCGAGUCGUCUGACGAGGCGGCGGCAGCCCCCUCGCUGGGCGCAGCGCGCAGGCCACCUGCACAGCCCCUAAGUCCAGUACGACCAUUGAUCUCAUCCCCUGGGGCCGAGGAGCAGCCUAGUCCUGGCCGUCAACCUUGCUUCGAAGAUUUCGACCUUGCUCAAGGUGGUCCUUCCCUUGUGAUAGAAAAUGUUGACCCUUUCUGUCAACCCCAGAAAGACAAGGCUGCUGCCGCUACACUAGAAGUUCCUGCCCCUCAACCUGAGCAGACUACCCUGCUACCGGUGCAGCCUGUUCGUCCACCAGAAGAGCCUGCCCCUCAACAAGAGCAGCCUGCUCCUCAACCAGAACAGCCUGCCCCUCAACCAGAGCGGCCUGCCCCUCAACCAGAGCGGCCUGCUCCGCAACCAGAACAGCCUAGCCAUCAACCCAACGCCCACGCGCCUGAAAUGUGCCCCGCGAGAAAGACUGAUGAACCUACCGCUGAGGAAGACGGCCCAGCUACUGAGGAAGGCACAAGGGCAAUGGUGAUCGCUGUGCUGGAGUGUUCAGAUGACAUCGCAGAGAACGUGGAAGCCCUGACGAGCCUAUUCCCCUGUGCGGAUCAGCAUCUACUCAGACGCUUUCUUAAUGGUCAAAACAUUAAACGGGACUAUAAGAUCAAAUGUAUUACCAAUUACUGCCUGCAGACAGAACGAACUAGAGCCGAGAAGGCCCUUUCCACCGAAGCCGACAGCACCUCGGGCGCACCCAGGACGGAGGCGUCCACCACGACUGAAAGGAUCUCAAACGCCACCGUGUCAUCUGCAAAGGACUCGGGUUGUGACGGCGAAGCGUCGACUCGGACGCCAUUUCAGCCAGGAUCGUCUAAUCAGCCAACAGAUGAGCGGGCUCGUAAAAGAUCUUCCAGCUCGGAAACAAAACAUCGCAAGAAACACAAAAAGAAGCGACGGGCUGAAAAGCAGGAGAGAUUGGUGCAGUCAGUCACAGAGAGACUGACGAUCAAGCUCAGGAAGAGUCAGGAUGGCUACACGCCGUUUACUGACUCAUCCAGUUGUGACAGCUACGGUUCGGCAGCGACCCCACCCAUGCCCCAAGUCGAAGAGGAGAAAAGUGACGAGACCUCUGACCCCCGGGUGCCUCCAGCAGCCGCCCCUACGGUCACUACGCCUACUGAAGCCGCCCGGGCCGAGGUGCCUGCAGAAGCCACCCGAACAGUCGCGGCUCCUACUGAAGCCGCCCCAGUGCUUAGUGAAGUCGCCUCAACGCCAGCAGUCUCUGCGCCUACUGAAGUCUCCUCAACUCCAACAGUCGUGGCCCCACCCACCCCAACGCCUACUGGAGUUGCCUCAUCGUCAGCAGCCGUGACGCCUACUGAAGCCGCCCCAACGCCACCAGUCCUGGCGCCUACGGAUGCCACCCCAACGCCACCAGUCCUGGCGCCUACGGAUGCCACCGCAGUGCCACCAGUCGUGGCGCCUACUGAUGCCACCCCGAAGUCUGCAUGCGAAGUGGCCUCUGAAACAGCCCCAAAGCCAGUCGGGGUGUCCUUCGAAGCUGGCGCUGCAGCGAGCCCACCGCUGCCUACUAUUCGAAGAGCACCUGCGUACUCUAAGAACAUGGCUCAUAUGACGAGAGAGCGUGAUCGUGAGAGGAGUCUAAACAGUAAUGAUCGAGACAGAGGUCGAGAGUAUGAUCGAGACCGAAGUCGAGACCAUGAUCGAGACAGAGGUCGAAAUUAUGAUCGGGACAGAAGUCGAGAUUAUAACCGCGACAGAAGUCGAGACAGAAGUUUAUACAGAGAUCGUGACCGCGGUCAAGAUAGAGAUCGUGACCGCGGUCAAGACAGAGAUCGUGACCGCGGUCAAGACAGAGAUCGUGACCGCGGUCAAGACAGAGAUCGUGACCGCGGUCAAGACAGAGAUCGUGACCGCGGUGAAGACAGUGAUCGAGCAAGAGAUGAAGACAGAGAAAGAGACAGAAAAGAACGCUUCAGAAGCCGCAGGGGACGGCCGCCCAUAGGCAGCAGAGAAUGGCCCAACAGAGAAGAACAACGUCUUAGAGACGAUGAAAGCCCCCGAGAGGAUCGAGACCUUCGAGAGGAGCGGAGCCAGAAAGAGUCCCGGGAAGAAGGUGAACUCAGCGACUCCCGAGAAAAACUUGACCCCCGCGAUGGGCAAGGUGCGCCACUUAGCCGGGACCGUCGAGACGACCAGCCUGAACGAGGUCCAGGGCCAAGCACCGUCAGCCCUCGCGAGCCUCGGCGAGAAAGUGAACCGGGUGCUGGCACUGCUGGCUCCUCCAGCAGAGCCCCCAACAAGCCUCCAGCCGCGCCGCAGUCAACGCCAACGUCCUCGAGAAGCAACGCGUCGGCGCAGUGGGACAGUAGCCUGCGAAAGACCAGUAAACCCUUCGCUGGCUACUCAAAGAACACCCAGAACACCUUGAUGCAGGGGCGGCGAGGCAUCAAGAAGCGCCUCGCGAACACCCCCACCCAGUACUUCACCCUCGGCGUGGACCGCAGCGCCCGCGCGCAGCCCAUCAUGCGGCCGGAGGAGCGCAAGGGUGCCGCGCCGGCCGUGCGCCGCAAGUCCGCCACCCAGCCCGCCGACCUGCCCACCGACGACGUGCAGGCGCCCGCACCGCCCGCGCCGGCCGCACCGCCCGCCCCCGCGCCGCGGCGGCCCAGCGCAGACAAGGCGGACGACGCCGACCGGACCAAGUGGCUGGAGGCAGCCAAGGCGCGCAUCCACCAACCGACGCCAAAACCAGCCUGGGCCGCGGGCUCGAACCCCACGUCGCGUCCGCCGCCAGUCACUCCGCUGAAAACCUCCUUCACGCCGGCGGUCACAGCGAUCGGGUCUCGCACCAGCUCCGCCACCCCGGCCGCCGGGCAGGCGAAAGGUCCAUCUGAAUCCAAGAUGAAAUCGCCACCGCCAUCUGCAGGCUCGAAGGUCACACCCCCGCCCUCUGCAUCCUCGACGGCCACCCCGGCCUAU